AUGCAAGGGGAGUUCAUGGAGGCACAGGACCUAUGCCAGGCGAAGGGUCGGGGCUUCAACCAAGAGGCAGGGAAACCGAUCCAGGCACGGGCUUCGGACCUCCUGAACGAGGUGAACCUCAUCGGUUGUCGGACGCAGGUGCCGAACUUCCACGGGGUCCUCCAUCUACCUCUACCAGCUCGAGAGCCCAGGGGUGAUCUAGGUGGACGGCGAGGAGAGCAAGAUCGGUGGAUCAAUGAGCCAGCUGGAAGGCGUCUGAGUGGUGGUGGCCAGAGUGAUGCCACAGGAAAGCCCCAGGGCCCCCAGGAACAAGGCGCCAGUCUCGGCGCUCGGGCUGAGGGUCACCGACAAGAUGAUGGAAGGGUCCAGCCGGCCCCAAUGGACCUUCUAGCGGAAGGAAUCCAGCAGCUUCAACAGCUGCAUCUACGACGAGACGGACAUGAUCCGGAACUUCUGAAGGGAAGCGUGGAGCUCCCCAAGCUCCCAGAGCCCUACCAGGACCAGAGCGCCAUUGCGUUCCUUGAGUGGAUCUACGAGGCGGGACAGGUCGUCGGCUCGAUCACAGACCGGGCUGCGGGUUGGUGGAGCGUGAACGUGGAGUUAGCGAUGGAGGCUUACCACCGCUUCCAGGCUGAGGUCCCUCUCAAGAAGCUCCAAGUGCAAGCCUCGGAAAGUUCUGAGGUGGAUCCGGAAAGGUGGGCGAGAUUAGAGCGGAGGGUGAUGACUUUGUUACUGUCGGCCAUGACUCCAACGAUCAAGGCGGAGAUCACGAUGCUACGGAUCAACCGUGUAAAGGAUUGCCUCUUCAAGUUGUACACCAUCUUCGCCCCAGGAGGAGCGAGUGAAAGGGCAAGUUUGAUCCGGCAGCUCGAGCAUAUCAAGCCCGAGGGGAACGUCGUGGAUUUGAUCACCUCCCUUCGGAAAUGGAAGAAGCUGACGGGACGGGCAGCCGAGAUGGGCGUUUCUUUGCCAGACGGCUCGGUUCUCCUGAUGGCUUUGGAGGGUGCGAUCAAGAAUGUGGCUGAAGGCAACAAGGAUGUGGCAUUCAAGUUGAAUAUGGCGAAGCAGGAGCUACGAUUGCCCUACCAGCCUUCCUUGACUGCGGUUCUGACUUAUGCGGACCAUAUCCUUGCGGAGCUUCAGCAGGUGAUCCCCUUCAAUGCCAAGGAACAGGGCGCCAAGUUGAAGGGCAUGACCUCGGACCCCGCGUCUCCAACGUCAUCGGCGUCCUCACCUACAGGAAAGGGCCAAGGGCAAAGGGCUCCUUGCAAGUUUUGGCUAUCGCCAGAGGGAUGCCGACGGGGAGCGGCCUGUAAGUUCAGCCAUGUGUUUGCCACCAAGGAGGACAAGAAGGCGAGGUGCUGGACUUGUGGUUCUACAACACACCGGCAAGCUGAGUGCCCUACCAAGCAAGGGGGCAAGCGGUCGCAGAAGGGCGAGAACGAGAAGAACAAGCCAGGAUUUCCUGCUUCGAGUCCCCAAGUGGCCACUCUGACAGCGCCCUUGCCUUCCACAGCGACUCCGGUGACACCGGCGACUACCGCGACCUCAACCUUGGAGCACCCGACGGCCCCACCAACGGAGAGAUCACCUUUGACCACAACUACGACUACGGUGGAUCCAAUGGCUACUUCGAGUGGCUCCUCUUCUGCGGCAUCGACGGUUCUGUUUUCUGAACAGGCUGCGGGGGAGGUUCGAGAACUAGCUGAGCAGUUCCUGUCGAAGAUCAAGGGACUGGCUCCGAUGCAGGCGCAGACGGACGGAGCUGUGAUGAACUUGGAGCUCCUUCUUCGUUCCCAAGGGCUUGGCGAGAGUCACGGUAUGGCCCUACUGGAUAGUGGUGCUUCGCAUGCUUAUCGGGCCCCCCAUUCAAAGGAAGAGGCAUCCACGGCUCGCAAGGUCAGAGUGCAGCUGGCAGAUGGCAAGACGAUCUACCUCCGCCAGAACAAGGGAGGCACCCUUCUUGCGGAGGAGGAGCAAGGAGGAGGGACUAUCCUGCCACUCGGAAGCCUCGUCAGCUCCCUUGGCUGUGAGCUCAAGUGGAGCAGAAAAAAGGGGCUCCAGGUGCGACACCCAGUCCACGGGAUUCUGCCCACGAAGCUCGUGGGGGAUACGCCUGUGCUACGUGAAGCUGAAGCACUUCAACUCAUUGCGGAUUUAGAACAAGUGGAACUGGGAAAGCUUGAGAAGCAAACGGAAGAGGGAGUGCUGAAGAUGAUCGCGUCGGAAGAGGAGACGGUCACCACGUGGAUAGAUUACGCUGAAGCAUUUGUAGAGACCGGUGAACGGGCAAGCUUGAGGCGGAUGUUGUUGGACCCCGAAGCUCCUCUACAAGCUCCUUUGGAAGAAGACAUUGCAGCUCUUCUUGGCGUGGACGACAAGCUUCUCCUCUCUGACGAGGCAGGUGCUCACUACUUGAAGGCACUUCCCUGGAACCGGACUAUGAGAAAGAGACUUCUCAGGACGAGGUGGAUCGUCCACUUGUACAAUGGAGACGAGCAGGGCGCCGAGUUUUCCCGCGCAGAGUCCGAUGAUGUCACUGUGGUUCGGAUGGACAUCCGGAACAACAAGGCCUUCGACCUCCGCACCUACACGCCGGCCGUGCGAGCCCUUAUGUGGGCAGCGGCAAGGGGACAGAUCGAAGGGAUACUUGGAGGACCACCUCGUGGGUCAGAGUCGGGCUCAAUGCUGUUCCGCAGGAUGAUGCUGCUUUGGUUGGUAGCACAUACUGGUGCCACCAGGGAGUGCUUGUGCUCCCCCUUCUUCAUGAUGGAGGCACCAACUUGGCACCCGGUUUGGACCAGUUUCUCCUGGACCCGUUUCAAGGAAGAGUUUCGCUACCUCCGCUACCAUGCCGUUGCCUCCAAGACCGGGGUAUACUUCAUGGCGGGAACGCUUCCGAUUUCGGAUGGUUUGACUGUGGAGGAAAGUGAGAUCCCACGGCUCAAUUACCCCUCGCCGGAAUCGAGCUGGCCUGUUGAGCUGAAGACCGGCUUAGCGGAGGCUAUGGUACAGUGGAGAAAUGGAAGCCGGCGACAACGAGAAGCUAUGAUGUGCAAGCUCGCCGGACCCAAGGAGAUGAACGCGCGAGACUUGGCCUACUGGGAGAAGCCAGUUGCCGAUGGACAUGUUCCUUAUGAUCGAAGGUGUCGGACUUGCGUCCGUGCCGCAGCAACUGGCCGUGCACACAGACGGUGCGUUGCUCCUUCGGCCUACACCCUGGGCAUUGACAUCGCGGGACGCAGACCUACCGGAGGAAGAGGAGGAGGAACAGAUGCCGAGAUCGACCCCUUCGAAGAGGACCGGAGAGACGCGGAGCAACCCGAUGAGGAGGAGGAUGAAGAGCAGAAGGCGAUGAACGAACGCUUCAAGGCCCUCUACAAGGAUAUUGGUGACGACAUUGACUACCAGACCCUCCCCUUUGUUGUUCCAAUGAAGACUCGCACGGCGAAGGAAGUAAGGUCACGGAUCCAGCAGAUCUACCUACAGCUACGACAACAAGGGCUUCCGUUGGUGCGCAUCCACAGCGACCGUGGGUUGGAGCUAAUGGCCCAGGAGACAAGGGAGUGGAUGGCGAGUCGGGACAUCCUGGCGACGACUGGGGAGAGUCAACAACCCCAACAGAAUGGCCGAGCAGAGGCGAUGGUUAGAGUUUUCAAGAACCGUGUGAAGCUUCUGUUGAGGGCGGCUUCCCUGCCUAUGUCCUGUUGGCCCCUUGCUGCAGAGUUCCACGCCAAGCGACAGCGAGACUUGGCUUUGGGUGAUCGCUCCGAUGCGGCGCUGCCGUUCGGGGCGCCAGUUCACGUGAAACACAAGAGGUUCGGGCAGGGUGGCCGGUACGACCUUGCUGAGCGAUGGCGGUCUGGCACCUUCGUUGGAUAUUCAGGAGACGUCCGUGAAGGACGUGUGGUGCGGCAUGACGAUGGGAGCUACACGACGGCGGUGCACAUCAAGCCGUACCUCAUCGACUCCGACGACCUGGUGAACCAUGGUCCCUUUGAAAUGGAAGUUGAAGACCCGGUGCGCCGAGUCAGGGGCAAGACUUCGUUGGCCCAGCUCCUCUCAAAUCCCACUACGGACGUUGAUCGCAAGGCCAAGGAGCUUAUGGAGGCGGAGCUCUAUGGAAUGGAGAACUUGGUGGAACUAUGGGAGACUCUGAAGGUCCACGCGAAGAGUACUACACGAUCGACACAGGGUGAUGGACUUCAGUGGCUAGUGGGACAAUACACCUACGGUGGCCAAUGUGGCGUUACUUUGGAUUCAGACAAGUUCCCAAUAGCCACUGCAUACAUGGUCAAGGCCUUCCAAACCAUCACAGGGACCAAGGACUUCACAGCCCUCCUUUUGACUGAAGAUGUGGGAAUGCAGAUCCACCGCGACGUCCACAACUUUGUGGGAAGGAACAACAUCCUACUACCUCUACUACCAUGCGAGGAUGGCGGUGGAGUGUGGGUGGAGUCGGAACCGGAGGACUACGAUGUCACAGACGAAUGGAGACAGCUUCCGAAGGGGGAUUGGCGGAGGGGAAGAGUUCGAGACCUACAACCUGGGAGGCCAAUUUCGUUCAACCCUCGGAAGUUCCACCAGACGGAGAAGUGGAAGGGGAAGAGGCUGGUCCUUACGGCCUACACCCCGCGGACAUCGAAGAUGAAGCAGCCCACCUACGACAAGUUGGUAGAAUACGGGUUUCAACCACCACCUCUACCUCUACGAGUACCUGAUCAACUACAACGGGUGGUGCUCAACAUGAUGAAUGUCACCGGGAACUCCCCCGCUCCGGAAGCGAUGAUGUUCCAGAUGAAUGGGAGCCAGGAGGAGCGCAGUGAGAAGGCUCAAGAGCUCAGCCAGGAACUGCAACAACUUCAAGAAGAUGUACUAGGGCGGCUACGUGAACGCCGGGAAUGGUUGCAGGACUUCUUGGCUGAGGAGGAGAUUCUAGCGGAGGAGUUCAAUACAGUUGGCGAGGUGAUCCGUGAGGAGAUCAAGGGGAUCAAUGAGGUGGUAAGGGACCUUAUCAAGGAUGUCGAUGACCAAGUGAAGGACGUGGAAUCCCGGUGCCACAACCUCUACCUCAAGGUGGCCAACGUUAUGGAUGACAAGGAGAUUGGGGAUAUCGAGGAGUACCUUGUCAACCUCAAGAAGGACCUGGACGUGACGCUGGACGUCCCGUUGGAGCAGGUGAAGGCGAACCUCAGUGAUUGGAUUGAGCCAAUGGACAAGGAACUCGCCAAUCUGGGCUCCAAGACGAACGCCAUCGAGCCUCGAACCCUUACAGAAGCGAGGAGAAUGGUGAAUGACGGGUCCCUGAUUCUCAUUCCGGGCAAAGUCGUGUUUACCGUCAAGCCUCCGGCUCCGGAGACCAAAGCUGAGAAGAAGUCCGCCGGUGCAAGGUGGAAGCGCAAAGCCAGGAUUGUGAUCUGUGGCAACCUCGCCAAUCAAUCCUUGAGCGCCAAUGAGCUGUACGCAGCUGGGGCCUCUGUUGAGGCGCUCCGCUUGGCACUCGCGAUUGCGUCCGCUCUUGGAUGGAUCGCUGCCGCCACCGAUGUUUCAGCGGCAUUCCUUCAGGCGGAGUGGCCAGCGAACAGGCCAACGUACGGUGUGAUCCCGCCCAAGAUCCUGGUGCAGGCGAACCUCGUCCCGGAGAACGUUGUGUUCGUCGUGAGACGGGCACUCUACGGUUUGAGAGAAAGCCCGGCACUGUGGGCAACGCACCGCACCAAAGUGCUGAAGGAAAUCCUGGUGCAGUGCGCCGAGGGCUGCCUGUGGUUAAAGCCUUUGAUCACCGAUGGGGAACUGUGGCUGAUCCUCUUCAAGCCGAAUGGGGCGGAUCGUCCCCAACUGAAGGGGCUCCUGGUGACCUACGUGGACGACCUCCUUUACUUGGCGAAGAAGGCGAUUAUCCUGUUGUUGCAUGGCAAGAUUGCCUCUAUCUGGCCCUGCUCAGAGUUGGAGUUUUCGGACAAGGGACUCAGAUAUCUGGGAAUGGAGCUCGACCAGGACGGCGAUAACUUCACUUUGGGCCAGGAAGCAUACGUCACCAAUCUGGUGAGGCUUCAUGGCUUGGACCCACAAGCUACUGCAGGGUUGCCGUGCCCGAAGGAGUGGAUCCAAGAUGAUGAGGCUGAGGGCGAAGUGGAGAACUUCAGUGCGGAGGAACUGACAAGGGCCCAGAAGGUCACCGGAGAAUGCCUUUGGCUAGCCUACCGUACGAGGCCAGACAUCCUAUUUGUUACGAACUACAUGGCUGCGAUGACUGCCAAGAGGCCGGUGAAGGUCUAUCAAGUGGGUCUGAAGGUGAUUGCCUACCUCAAUGCGACUGCGACGCUCAAGUUGAAGGUUGAAGCAGCAGCAGAGCCAACGCAGUCCACAGCAGAGCCAACGCAGUUCACAGCAGAGCCCACGCAGUUCACAGCAGAGCCCACGCAGUUCACAGCAGAGCCCACGCAGUUCACAGCAGAGCCCACGCAGUUCACAGCAGAGCAACACGAGGCAGGUUUCAGGGUGGAACUGUCGGGUUUUAGUGAUGCGUCGUUCGCUCCGUAUGGGGGCAAGAGCUUUGGCUGCAGUAUGGUUAUGGUAGGUCGGACUCCUGUUUCAUGGAAGGCUGGCAGGCAGAGCAUGGUUGCUAUGUCAGUUUGUGAAGCAGAGCUGAUGGAAGGAUCUACGUGUGCCUUGCUGGUUGAAUCCACUCAAGCGAUGUUGAAGGAGAUUUUACCGUGUGUGGAAACUCCGAGUCUGUUUAUCGACAACAUGGCGGCCCACAACAUCCUGAAUGGUUCUUCUGGAAGCUGGAGGACCAGACACCUACGUAUCAGGCACUCUUACGUGCUAGACCAGGUGACGAACGGAAGCCUACGAGUGGUCCACCUCCCGGGAGAGGACCAGCCUGCGGACCUACCCACCAAGUUGCAUAGCCGAGCACGACUCAUGCACUUGUUGAGUGUGUGGAAUAUGGUUGGUCUGCCGGAGCUGAAUGGGACGAAAGCAGUGAAGUUCAUGAAGUUGGGAUGCCUGUUCCUGCUUAUGUUGGCGGUGCAAUCGUUGGCUGUGUCAGCCCAGAAGGAACCUUUGCAGAUGACUGGGUCGGGAGAGUUGCUGAUGAUGCUGCUCCUGACGUGUAUUUCUGCUGUGGCUGUCUGGGAGGCGACGAAGUUGCUCUACCGUUACGCGGUGCAUCAGGUGUUCGGCACCAAGCGAUCAAGAAGGAUCAACAAGUUGAGGGAGCUGGCAAAGGCAGCGGCGGAGGCAGAGAUUGAGAAGUGGGUGGAGCAAGACGAGCCCCCAUCCAGUGAGAGCGUGACACGCUCCCUGCGGCAAGUUCUUCGAGAAGAACGUGAGAGCCAGGCGCACACGCCCAGGCCAGCGACCAAGGACUCCACCCUUGCCCCGACCGACGACUCCACCGCCUUCAAGACGCAUGUCUACGCCGACGACCCCGGCCUACUUACAGUGAAGAACCUCAAGUCGGGCCUUGAGAACGAAGGCUUACCUGUCUCAGGUCUCAAGGAGGACCUGAUACGACGACUAGCCAUGACCAUGGGCGAUGAAACACCUUCUUCGAUGCCGGACCGAGCUCUCAUGGGCUACGCUUUCAUCAAAGACGGCAACCUCGGAAUGGUUGGCUCGAUGGAAG